AUGAUUGUUAUGAUCUUGUUGUUGCUUUUCAUUAAUCUUGUGUCAUCUCAAUUUUUGAGUAUUAAAUCUCAUAUUGACGAAAGCAAAAUCAAAACGUUAUUACGAGUUGAUGGAGAAAUUACAUCAAAAGGAAUUUUAUUAACAACAGAGUCUAAAAAAGACGGACUUAUUUCAACAAUAAAAACACUUCCAACUAAUUUUCAAAUUAAUGGAAAAAUAAAGUCUGAUGGUAUUGGAAAAGGAUUUGCAUUAUGGCUAACAACAAAACCAAUUGUUUCUGGGAAUAAUUUUGGAGGUAAAUUUACUGAGUCAAGUGAAGGGAUUUAUGUAAAAGUACCAACAGACUCAUUAAGAGGAACAACAACAAUCAGUAAUUCAGAACGACAAUUAUCCCAAUGUACUUUUCCUAGUUCCAUUAAUUUUGAAAGUAUUUCAUUUGAAUUAAAGUAUACAGAGAAAACAAAUAAGUUAAUUAUUUCAAUAGGAAAAGACAAAGGAGGAUGUGAAAUGACAUAUGAAGGGAAAUUAAAACAUAUGUAUUUUGCAAUAUCUGCAUUGGAUGAUAAAAAUGGUGGAAAUCAUCAAAUUAAGUCACUUGAAAUUAUUGAUUUAAAGAAAAAAACAAAAAGUACUAAAGAGUUAUUAGGAAAUGAUAAAAGUAUUAAUGGAUUAAAUUUUGGUUUUACUGAAAAUGAAUUAUUUGGUGAUGGAAAUGAUAUUGAUUUAGCAUUACAAAAAAUGUAUUUAGUGUUAGGAAAAGUUCAACAACAAGCAAGUAACUUAGAUAAACUAAAUGAUGAAAAUUCAAAUUUAAUGAAAAUUAUUAUUAAUGGAGCAAAACAUUUAAAUGAAAUGUUAAAGAGUCAAGAACUUAUCAUUGAUACAAGUGAUAUUCUUGUUGAUGUAGAUACAUUUAUGGAAAGAUUAAGAGCUAUAGAAGAAAUUACAGGAACAACAACAACUGAUCUUAAGAUUUUAAUUUCAACAACAAUUAAAUCUAACAAAAAUGUAACAAAAAAUAAUGAAGCAUCUACACAUACAUUCUUUUGGAUUUGUUUCUUUUUAAUGCAAUUUUGCACUGUUGUAUUGGUCUUAAAUUUAUUGAAGAAGAAGAGAGAUAUGAAUCAAAGAAAAGCAAUUUAA